UUUUGACUAUAAAACGCGGCUCAGCGGCACCGGCUUCACAGUAUCCACACCGAGUUUUGCCUAGAAACACCCCGACCCGAACAAUGGCGUUUAAGCUUUAUAUCUUAGCAGCUCUCGUAGCCGUAGCACAGGCUCAAUACCCAAGCUACGCCUAUGGAGGCGCUACAUCCUCCGCCUCAUUCUCGCUUGGCCCAGCUAAGGCAUACGCUCCCGCCUACGCACCAGCCUACGUCGCCCCCGCCUACAAACCAGCCUACGUCGCCCCAGCCUACAAACCAGCCUACGUAGCCCCGGCCUACAAACCCGCCUACGUCGCCCCCGCCUACCACGCCCCAGCAUACGUCGCCCCCGCCUACCACGCACCCGCCUACGUGGCUCCCGCCGCCUACCACGCACCAGCCUACGUCGCCCCCGCUUACCACGCACCCGCCUACAAGGCCCCCGCGUACGCUGCCCCAGUCUACCCUGACGCUCACCCCGCCUACAACUUCGCCUACACCGUCAACGACCCGCACACCUACGACGUCAAGAGCCAGGAGGAAUCCAGGGACGGAGACUACGUUAAGGGAACUUACUCGUUAGUCGAACCUGACGGUAGCAAGCGAGUGGUGACCUACGCCGAUAACGGAUACGGUUUCGAAGCCGUUGUCCACAAGGAACCCGGAUCUCACCCCGCCUACGCUCCCAAGGCCUACGCCCCCGCCUACGCACCAGCGUACCCCGCCCCCUACCACGGGUAAUCAACCCCUGCUCACUCGCUUCGAGUUCCAAGACUUGUCACUCCUCACCUCAGUCACCUCAUCCUAUUUUGUAAAUAUAUUGUGUAAUUAUUUGCAUUGUAUGUAUCUCAACGUCGAAAAUCGAUGAGCUCAUCGAUUGACGUAUUUUGUUGAUAUUUUAUUUAUUGAUUUUUUUAACCAAAUAUAUUUUUGUGUAAAAAUGA